GCUGCCUGUACAAAUCACACAGCCCUGAUAUUGUUCAGAUAAUCCCCUGAAAAACGAUCCCUUUCUUGCCAUUGCCUAAACAGGAGCGCGUGGGCAGGGCCAGCCCCAAUCCCGAGACUCUUAUCUGUCGUCACAGCAACAGACCCCCAGAAUCAGGACGGCGUUUUCUGGGGGCAGGGGCGUGGGCUGGCACGUGUGGGACUUGUCCUGCUGCUCAGCAGGAAGGUUGCCCCCUCAGGCAGUGGCAGCCGCCGGCUCACUGCGCUCGCAGCGCGCCUGUGCCUUUAAGAGUGGCCCCUCGCCGGCACCUCCUGUAGAGCAGUGGGGAGGCGGAUCGCUCCCUGCCUUUCUUCUGCCUCAGUUGCUUCAGAGAGAUUUCUGUCAACAAAUCCUGCCUGACUGCCAGCGUCCAUCCGGCUUGUCUCUGCCAGUGCUGCGUCUCCUGGGACUUCACACUGCUCACCUGCGCUACCUCACCGCCCCUCACCAUCUCAGACCCCUGUCAUCAUGGAUGCCAACUUCAGCCUGAACCUGCUCCUCUGCCUCCUCUGUCUGCCCAUCCAGCUGUGCACCGGACAAGAGGCAGACUGUCCCUGCAACAUGAGCCACGGACGGUGUGACGAAAGCGGCGUGUGCAGAUGUGAUCCGGGCUGGGAGGGACCGCAGUGUGAGGACUGCGUGCGCAAGCCAGGCUGUGUCCACGGCUCCUGCCACCAGCCCUGGCAGUGCACAUGUGACAGUGGCUGGGCUGGACGUUUCUGCGACAAAGAUAUCUAUGUGUGCACCAAUGAGAAGCCCUGUCAGAAUGGAGGCACAUGUUUCACCGACGACAUGGGGGAGUAUGCCUGCUCCUGUCCUGAGGGCUUUCGGGGCAGGAACUGUGAGCUGAAGAUGGGCCCAUGUGAGAAGACCAGGUCUCCCUGUAAGAACGGCGGCUUGUGCGAAGAUGACCGAGGGUACGCCGCCCAGCUCAUGUGCCGCUGCCUAGCCGGGUUCUCGGGGCCCCGCUGUGAGGUGGAUGUGGACGACUGCGUACUGCAGCCCUGUGCCAACGGCGCCACCUGCCUGGACGGCGUCAACCGCUUCUCGUGCCUGUGCCCCCCUGGUUACACCGGUCGCUUCUGCACCGUCAAUGUGGACGACUGCGCCAGCCGGCCCUGUGCCAAUGGGGGUCGCUGCCUGGACCGAGUUGCCACUUUCCACUGUCACUGCCCCCCAGGUUUUGCAGGCAAGACUUGCGAGAUGCUCCUGCGGAAUCUCAAUGCUGAGGCAAACACACCCAGCUGGACCUCCCACGGGUGGGCCGGGACUGAGGGUGGGGUGACCCCACCCAGGCCCCACCUCACCGCUGCCAGCAAUGCCUCCAACUGGGCCACGGCUGACGGUGGGCAGCGGCUGCUGAAGAUUUCGGUGAAGGAAGUGGUGACCCAGAGGGGUGUGGCUCUCACAGAGGUGCAGCUCAUCACCUUGUUGGUGCUGGGGGGCAUGACUGUGGCAGUGGUGGGCAUGACGGCCGUGCUAGUGCUCAGGGGCCACUGGAGGGACCGCUCCACCCGCUAUAGCCCGCCCCCUGGCCGCCUUAUGCCCGCAGAGCGGGAGUGUAACAUCAGCUUCCUGCACAGCCCAACACUGCGGCUGGAGAAGAAACAGCUAAACACAGACGUGAUUUAGCCCCGAUGCAGCCGGCAAGCCGCCACCUACAAAUGCUUAUGGUCCUCUCGCCAGAGAAGACAAACAGGCUUUAGGGACACUGCUAUAUGAUCCAGAUGGCUGCAGGUAGCAUGCUGGUACAAGCCCCGGUGUGGGGACCUGCUGUUGUACUAUUGAGCAGGUUACUUAAUCUAACAUGCUCUAGUAAAACGUCCAGGCAUGCAAAUGGGCCGCUUUGGUUGAAAGUGUCAGCUAGACAGUGAAAUAAUGAUAUUAAUGGUAAAAAUAAUGGCCAUGCCCUCACCUGCACCUGGCCCACCCUUCUUGACUGAUGGAGGAGGGAGUACCAUGGCCAAAAAAACGUUCUUUAUGCUUCUGCAUAGAAGAAAUGGGGACAGUUGGACGUGAAACUCCAGAAAAUAGGAGCCGGACCCCAAAAGCGCUAGAGAUUCAGGAAAAUCCAUGAAGUGAAAUGUGAAAAUGUCUUUUUUUUUUUAUAAAUUGUAAAGAAUAUAUAUAGAGGAAGUCGAAUGUGAGAUUGGUUCUCCUCAGAUGGGACAUGGUAACUGCACUUCAUUUCAGAAGCAAUUCUAGGACAGUGUGUGAUCAAGCAGGGACUGCAAAGCCACGCCGAGUAUAAACAAGUUUCUCUGCUGUCACAGGCAAGCCAGUAACCUCAUUAACAAGACAGUAAUGUGCGCAUUACCAAUUAUAUCCACGGUCUGUCAAAUAUCCAAAUUGCUAAACAGGACCAGAGGAAGCAGCAGUAGAAAGUUAACAGCCAGUCCGCAGUUUAGGGUUAAAAGCUUCCAGAAAGAAAAAAAGUUGCCAGCCAAGAUUUAAUAUGUAUAUUAGUUGGUAGCUAAAGUUGUGUACUUAAAUUUCAGGUUUAUAAAUAGACCCCAUCAUAUGAAUCCAGACAAUUUAUAUAUAUAUAUAUAUAUAUAUAUAUUUUUUUUUUUAACCAGCGGUUUAUAUAUUCUUGUCUUGUGAAUUAUUUAAUGAAUUCAUUCAUGUUUUAUACAGCCAUUAAUGGAGAUGAGGACUGAUUGCACUUGUGGUGUGAUCCACUUCUGCCUGUGCAAACGGACCGAUGGCAAUUAAGUACAAACGAGUGUGGGGGUAUUUGUAGGGUCGGUCACAUGUCAAUCCGCAUGUCUGCAAUUGUCCACACUCCUGUUGUAGAUUUGCUAUGUUGUAUUUAAAUCGUAAAUGUAAUUUAUUGGCGUAAUUUAUUUGUGAGACUUGUUUAUGGAGUAUACUGCAGUGUGUCCUAUUUUUGAUACUGAAUGUGUUCAUUAUAACUGUGAACUGUGUGGGGUGGUGUCUGUGUCCACUGUUAAUUGGUAAACAGCAUGCCAUUUACAAGCUGAGCUAAGGCCCGAACUUUGUAUUAAUGGCUACUCUGUGAUGCAAGUUAACAGGUAUCUGCGAUGCACAGGUUAGCACUGCCCCCUAGUGGCGAAACAAUGAAUAAAAAUAAAACGUUGCGGGAGGGAUGCAAAUCCUGGGAAUUCAGAUAGCUGAAUUAUUUUAGUGCAUCCACGAGCCUGUUUGAUGUAUUACUUGAAGAGUAGGUUAUUAUAUGUCUUAUAUUUAUUUUUAUAUAUUUAAUAUAUAUUGUUAAACUUACCAUAGGUUGGCCUUUGACAUCACCUGGUAUAAACUCAAACCCGUGCGUAUGUAAGUGAUAAAAAGUAUGAAUGGAAAGUAGGAACAAAACAGCAUUCUCCACCAGUUGGUAGUGCAUUAUAAAUUUCCAAAAUCCCCAUGGAAAUUUAAUUUUUUUUUCCAUAAUUUCCCCACCGUUUGGCAACCCCAUACUGCAGGUCAGAUGACUCCCUAAGACUGACCCGGCAGACCCACUGCAUGGCCACUGUUAGCUCUCAGCCAAUCAAGAUUUACAAUAUUUCAAAUGAAGUGUAGGUAAGAAGCCAAAAUCCAGUGAUCCACAGGAAGUUGUUUGAACGGAUUCUUCUGUAUCCUGACAGGUGUCACUAAGCUGUAAAAUUACAACACAGGCAGGAGAUCAUGUUUCCCCUUUUCCCUGAUACAGGCUGAUCAGUUUAGACUAGAAGAUCACCCACCAGACACACUUAAAACUGGCCAUUCAGAAUACACCUGGUGCUAAAAUUGAUUUUUCUGUUGUCUUAUGGCUUCAGCUGCCAUUUAUUUACUUACAUUUUAUUGAUCAAACUAAUCACACAUGUUCAAAGCAACUUUCAGACCUCUAUAUGCCCAGUUCUCCUGAGUCACCCCUGGGCCUCCUAAGGAAACACCAGGGUGGCUGCAAGGGAAAUACAGGAUGUGUUAUCCUUUAUCAGACAUGUCUUUGAAUAUGAAAGCAGAAUUUUGAAACAUUCAAGCCGCACCACAACACCCCACCACCAAAAACCAAAAGCUUGUUAAGUCAGUAGGAAAUAAACUCUUCAUCAUUUCCAUAAACUUAGGAAUAAAAAGGGAAGAGGUCUCAAAUUAACCAGAAAAAACACAGGUAACCAAGAAUUAGCACCACCAACCAGGGUUUUGGAACUCAGGCUGUUGCUUGGCAACCAGGAAUUCACAGAACAUUAUCGGCACAAUAAACAUCUAGAUACUCUUCAUCUGUUGAAGCUAAAAACAGUCUUACCUUGUUACUCCACAUAGAUUCUCUGAAUAUGUCGCUGUUUCACCAUCAAUGUCCCUGUGCUGCAGUCUGGGAUUUCACCCUGAUCUUUUCACUCCUAGGGAUGAAAUCCGACCCUCACUCCCCCUAGCCUGACACUAUAUACAGCAUGGGAAAUGGCAUCAAACCUGGGAAUAACUGAAACAGGAGUCCCUCACUUCCUGUGGGGAAAAGCGGCUACCAGUCAUGACAUAUCAGCAAACUCAAAAUAACUUUUCUCCAUUCUUUAGAAAUCAAACUAUACUCGACUGGUAUGUAGUAGGUCUCAUUCUCACAUUCACACUGGUAAAUUUAUACUCAGCUGGCAAAGAAGAGAGCAAGACAAUAAGGUUGAAUACUGUUGUGAUAUGAUUUUAAAUCCAUUUCUGGAUCAAAGAAUUCCAGCUUUUAAUUCUACAUUUGCAAAGAUAUGUGGUGUUUAUCACAAAUUUAAUAAAGUGAUGCGUUUCAAA